AUGGCUGAAAUAGAUCACAUGGCUCAGAAAGAGGUAUCGCAUCCUCCAGCACCAGCUCGUCCAAUAACAGCAGAUCAAUUGCUUGACUUGGAAGAGCGGCAACGGACGCUAUUCAAUGAGAAAGAUAAUGGACCGGCACGAAUCAAAACGGGAUGUCAGGAAAUUGAUGAAUAUGUUCUCUGUGCCGCUAAGGAUCAGUCAAAUGGAGGAUUCGAAAGGGGAAUUGUAGUGGGGCUGAGUGCUGCUGAUGGAGACGAAUCGAUAGGCAGUCGAGUGAUAUCUCUCAAUCUCAUAGCAUCAGUUCUCUUACAACAUAUCGAUUUGGUAAAUGUCAUUCAGAAGUCCCAGAGUGAAUCGGGGAAUACGACAAAGCCAAAGGUCGUAGUAAUAGAUACGACUGGUUCCUUUAACCUCCCUCUUCUAGUCAAAAUCUUGAGAUCAAGGCUCUUGAAGAGGAGAUAUGAGAUGAGAAGUAAGGACGAUAUCACUAUGAAUCUCAAUGAUGGCCAAAAUACAGAUGAAAGUGUCGAGAUCGACACACAAAAAGAGGUGAAUGCAUUAUUGGAGCUGGUUGCCAUUAGUAGAGUCUUUGAUAUCGAGGGGCUUUGGGAGGUUUUAAGUGAGCUAGGACAACCAAAUGACCUGUCCAGAAACGAUGGGGGCGAUCAGGAAAUACCUAUCACCAUACCAUCACGGACCAGCAACCCCGUUGAAGGGAAAGCAGAGCAACUGCACAAAAUCCCAGAUGAAAUCUGCGACAGCGAAGAAGAAGACAUCGAAUUAACACCACCACCACCACCACCGGUCAAACCCACAGCACCACUCCCAAGCUCAACAGAAACCACUCCCGAAAUACUAAUCAUAGACAGCAUGCACCACCUAAUAUCCCACCUCUUCACCCACUCUGAAAAAGUCUCCGCGCACAACCUCCUCUCCCUCCUAUCACGAACUCUCCACACACUAACCCAUACUCAAAACAUCCUCACCAUCCUCCACAACACUACCAUUUCCACCAAAUCCAAUUUCACAACCCAACAACCUUCUCGUCAACCUCCACCUCCAAAUCUACAUCCACACCCACCUCCACCUCCAACCAUCCAAUCAAUCUUUACUUCCACAGCCCAAAAACCAUCACUCGGACGUAUCUUUGACGAUUUCCUCAAUCUCCACAUCAUGAUUUCGAAACUCCCAAAGAAGAGAGAAGAUGCCGAGAUUUUCUAUUGUCGAGAUGGUACCACAUCUCAUUUCGGGAAUGAGGACGUCGCUUGUAGUUUUGUGUUUGAGGUUUUGAGGGAUGAGUGUCCGGUUUUGGGCGGGGAUAGGAAGUUGGGGAGGAGGUUUGGAGAUAGGGAACAGAGGUGGGGGUUUUUGAGAUGGGGGAUGGGGAUGGGGGGUGGAGUUGAGGGAUGUUUUUAG